AUGCAUGAUCAAGCAAUUCAGUUUGUGAAACAAGUUUGUGUCGAAGCUGCAAAAUUAGAUUUUCCAAAAGCUAACGGGAUAAUUGGACCAUCGAUACUUGUCGCAACGACUUUUGGUAUUUCUGAAGUUGUGGAAGAGAUUCCAACUGUAUUUCCAGAAGCAAUUUAUGUUAAAAACGAGAUGAACCAGAACGUGUUCCAUGUUGCAAUUGCAAACCGUCACAAAAACGUAUUCAACCUUAUUUAUCAAUUUCAUGAUGAAUUUAUUGGACAAAUUAAUUUGUCAUCACAAGAUUUAACUGGAAAUAGCGGAUUAGAUUUGGUAUCAUGUUUGAACAGUGAACAAGAACUCAAUCUUAGAGGUGAUGCAGCUGGUGCAACCCUACAGUUGCAACCUCUUGUUGUUACGAUAGUUUUUGCAGCUGACAUUACCGUACCUGGUGGAAGUAAUGAUAACAAUGGCCUUCCAAAACUUUCUAAAGAUAAAGCCUUCCCAAUAUUUAUUAUAUCUGAUGCACUUGCUCUUUAUUCAUCUACUUCUUCUCUGUUAAUAUUCUCGUCUAUCCUCACUUCACGCAAUGUAGAGGUUGAUUUUCUCCACGCCUUGCCGAAGAGAUUAAUUGACGGUCUCAUAACCCUAUUUUCGUCCAUAAUAUCUACGAUGAUAGCUUUUGGUGCCACACUGUACCUUGAAUUUGGACAUAACAAAGCAUGGAUUCUUGUUCCUGUGAUUGUAUUUUCUUGUAUACCUGUGACCUUGUUCAUGUCAUCACAAUUUCCUCUGCUUUUGGAUAUGAUUGAGUCCAGCUAUGGCCACAGCGUUUUUGGCCAAAAAAGUGAUCGUAUCCUGUACUAA